GCUGCAGGGUGGUUCCGUGCCGCUGUGCCGUGUCCUGGGUCGGAACUCCGCAGGUUUGUAGCCUAAGGUUCUGGUCCCGGAGGAUUGUCCCAAACACUUGUGCGUAACUGGCACGAGGCGCAAGCUGUGCCACUGCGCGCACUGAGACCCGCUUUAGGUGCUUUGCUGUGGUAGAUUGUGUGACUUCACUCUUACGCACGUGGACAGUUUAAAGUGUAGUUUAGAGUGUUUCCCAAAGUGUGGUGCACAGUUUCUUUAAGAUUUUCUACUGAAAUAUCAGCUACGUGUGCUCCAGUUGUUUUGUACGUAGCCCUGUUUUAGUCCACUGCUUGGGUCCACAGUUCUGACCCAUAACUUGGCAUGGUGGCAUCACCUGCUUGUCUUCAUAGAGACUGAGAAGUUUAUGCUGGGAAAGAACUCCAUGGAGAUAAAAAGAUCAUGAUGCCAAAGAAAAGCCGAGGCGAAGUGAAGAGACGCAAUGGCGCAGCAGAGGAAACAGUUCCCCCUAAGCGCGCAGUUGAGGAGGUGGAGUGCCCGUUGCGCUUCCACAGCCCCGCGGAGCUCUUUGCCAGCCUCAUCGCCCCCCUGAGCCCAGAGCAGUUUUUCGUGGAGCACUGGGAGCAGAAGCCGGUGCACCUGCGCCGGGACGAGCCCGGACUGUCCCGCUAUUACCGCUCCCUGUUCAGCCUCUCUGACCUCCCUGACCUAUGCGCGCACGACCUGGAGUAUUACCGCGACGUGAACGUGGUCCGGUGCAUUAACGGCAAGAAGAAAGUGCUAAACAAAGCAGGGAAAGUGAAGUAUCCUGCGCUCAACAAACUCAUUAUGCAGAACAAGGCGACGGUUCAAUUCCACCAGCCGCAGAGGUUCAAGGACGAGCUGUGGCGUCUUCAGGAGCAACUGGAGAGUUUCUUUGGAGCUCUGGUCGGCUCCAACGUGUACAUGACCCCGGGGGACUCCCAGGGCCUGCCUGCGCACUAUGACGAUGUGGAGGUGUUCAUUCUGCAGCUGGAGGGGCAGAAGCACUGGCGCCUGUACACUCCCACAGUCCCCCUGGCAUCAGACUACAGCCUAGUGCCCGAGGACCAACUGGGCAGCCCCACCCACGACAUCCUGCUCCAGGAAGGAGACCUGCUGUACUUUCCCAGAGGAACAAUCCACCAAGCCAACACUCUGCCCGGACACCACUCCACACACCUGACCCUCAGCACCUACCAAAACAUGUCCUGGUCAGAUCUGCUCCUGGACGUUCUCCCUGGGUUCCUCAGUGAGAGCAGCAGAACAGACACACGCCUCAGACAGGGCAUGCCCCACAGGAUUUUACUGGGGGCCUGUGAUAAUGCAGACCUUAGGAGGCAGAUGGCUGCUCACCUGCGCCACCUAGCUGACAAACUGGAGGCAGGCACAGGGGAAAUGUGCUCUGCCAGUCUGAAGAGGGACUUUAUCAUGAACAGACUGCCCCCACACUGCCCAGAGGAGCAACUGAACCCGGUGGGGAGGUUGCCCCAGCUCCAGGACACGGUGUGCCUCACCUUCAGAGAACACAUGCUCCUCACAGUGGAGCCUAAGCACAGGACCACAGACGAGAGCCCGGAGAUGGCUGUGUUCGUCCUUCACUCUCUGAGGAACCAGAGGAGUCGCCACAUGAUGAGUGAAGGGCCCCAGGGGAGUGAGGGACCCGAGGACGAGGAGGGCCUGCACGUCUCUGCUGGCCUGCAGUUCCCCCUGUCCCACCUGGGGGCGCUGCAGCAGCUGCAGAGGGGGGAGCAGCUUCCUGUCACUGAUCUUCUACUUCCUGGGCCAGAGGAGCAGCUCAGCCUGGUGGUGGCGCUGUGGAGUGAGAGCCUGCUCAAAGCACUUUAACAGACACUCAAUAAACUCACUGACACAAA